UCUCCUUUUUUGCAAAAUCAUAUAUUCUUAAAAGUCAUUAAGUCGCUCGACAAACUUUUACUGACACCCCUCUGGUCUGAACCAGGCCUGGAGCCAAGACGACGUGGGUGGGCACAAAGUUCCUCCCACCCUGGAGGGACUUUCCCAUUCGAUGGGGCAGACAGACACAGGUGUAAAGGGAAAUGUCAGAUGCGUGAGAGGGUGUUCGUGCAAAGUGGAGCACACAACACUCUAAGCAUCUUCGAUCGGGACACACCAGACUUCGUACCCUGGCCACAUCCAUAAUUUUUUUCCGACUGGGGUAAAUAGCCAUUAAAAUGACAAUGGAAGCGGGUGAGCCUAACCAGCGUAUGAACCCUGAGAAGCGCGCGUACCGCACAUGGGGGCCAUCUGACAGAGCAGAAAAUCCCUUGGGGCUCGUUCCUCGUUCCUCUCCAUCUCUAAGCAGAGCUCAUGAUGCCUACCUUACCGGAGUGUUGUGAGAACUCUUCCCACCCAGGCCUCUGGCCUCCUGGCACGAUGACAGGCGUUCCCAGUGUGGCAGGAAUGUUAGGGUCUGUGGCUGUUUUUGCGUAUUCAUUUGCUAUUUCCGAGGAAAAAGUGGUCAGGUGGUCAUUUCCCCAACCAGUGAGGGCUUUGGAAUUCCCAAGCCGUCCCACCCCCCCGAACAACAGCCUCGUCUCCCCUCCCGGCCACUGGAGGCCCCUUCCCAGAACCCUGGCUGGAUGAUGUCACAGACAGGUGACCUCACCGCGGCAAAGGAACCGGGGAUCUCAGUGUCAUGGGGAGGGGCGAGGAUGUUCCUCCACCACCCCAACCCCCCAUGUCUGUGGUGAAGUCGAUCGAAUUAGUGUUGCCCAAGGAUGUGGUCUACCCGGCCGGCUCCAGCAUAGAAGGGCAGGUGGUUCUAAUACUGAACAGCACCCUGGUGAACCCCAUGGUGAAGGUGGAGCUCGUGGAGGGUUACGUGGAGUGGAAUGAAGAAAUCGGGGCGUCCCGUGAUUAUAGCAGGGAUGUUAUUUGCAACAACAAGGCCGACUAUGUGCACAAGACGAAGACAUUCCCAGUAGAGGAUAAUUGGUUAAGUGCAGGCAGCCACACCUUUGACUUCCAUUUCAACUUACCUCCCAGGCUUCCUUCUACCUUCGCCAGCAAAAUUGGCCACGUCUCCUACUUCGUGCAAGCCUCCUGCAUGGGUCGGGAGCACAUUCUAGCGAAGAAGAGAAUGUACUUGUUGAUUCAAGGGACUUCAGACUUCCAUCAAGAAAACGCACUGCAGAACCCUCUGUUCGUGGAGGCUGAGAAGAAAGUCUCGUACAAUUGCUGCAUCCAGGGUACCAUCCGCCUUCAGACCCAGAUGGAAAAGAACACCUUCGCGCCGGGGGAGGGGAUGGUCUUCACCACGGAGAUCGGCAACCACACCGGCAAGCGCAUCAAGACGGUCGUCUUCGCCCUCUACGCCCACGUGCGGUACGAGGGCUUCACCCCCAAGGCGGAGCGGCGGUCGCGGGAGGACAGCAGCGAGCUGCUCCGGCAGGAGGCCAACACCCAGAUCGCGCCCUUCGACACCACCAAGAUCGUCAGCACCCUCCACCUCCCGCAGGUGCUGUCCGUGAGCGGCAGCACCCGGGACGGCGAGAUCAUGAGCACCCGCUAUGAGCUGGUCAGCACGGUCUAUCUGCCGUGGUCCCUGACCUGUGUGAAGGCCAAGGUUCCCAUCAUCGUCACCGGUGCGCCCGCGGAUACCGACGGCCGCCAGCCGCUGGAGGGGGCAGCGUUACCCGUGAGCCAGGAGCGCCAGAAUUAAGCGCCCAAACUCUAAAUAUUAAAAGUUUUAUUGGCGGUAUGAGCAGCCCUUUCUUUGUCUCGUAAGACAGGCUUCAGAUGAGUCACGGUGGAUGGGGGGGGAAUGCCUGAACCUCCUUCUCACACCGCAGCACUUAGGUAUCGCUUUCUCCCGAUGGCCAGGAGAAGACCAGGGGAAGGGACAAGACCUGGCAGCCGUCACCCGCACGGUUGGCGCUCCAGACCCAUUUCCUUGAUGGGCUCUACCAGUGCCUAGACCUUGUCCGCGGCUGGGGUGGUUCAGCCUCUGGGCAACCGGCAGUCGUAAGGGCUGU